UAGCUUUUGGAAGAGGCUUUGAUCCUUUUUUUAAAAUGUCGAACCAAGAAAACUCUGUGACUGUGGUGAUUGUGCCAUUACCUGCACAAGGUCAUUUAAACCAGCUGCUUCACCUCUCUCGGAUCAUUCUCUCCUAUGGCAUUCCGGUCCAUUAUGUCGGUUCAUCCAUGCACAACCGUCAGGCGAAUGUCAGAGUCCAUGGUUGGGACCCCGUUGCCGUCGCCGGUUUCCAUUUCCAUGACUUUCAGGUCCCUCCGUUUUCUUCCCCUCCUCCGAACCCCGACGCCGGGAUCAAGUUCCCUUCUCAUCUCCAGCCAUGUUUUGAUGCCUGCUGGCACCUUCGUGAGCCCGUCAGUGAACUGUUGAUCACGCUUUCUUCCAGGGCGAGGAGGGUCAUCAUCAUCCACGACUCGAUGAUGGGAUCCGUUGUUCAAGAUGCUCCGUCGAUCCCUAACUCAGAGUUGUACGCUUUCCAUACCGUUUCCGCCUUAACUCUCUUUUUCUACAUGUGGGAAUCAAUGGGGAAGCCACAGGUUAAUGCAGAAAUGCCUGACGUUCCUUCUCUCGACGGAUGUUUCACUCAAGAUUUCUCCGAGUUCAUUUCCAUGCAACACAAAUAUCUGAACGCCAACUGCGGGAGUAUAUAUAACACAAGCAAAGUGAUCGAAGGUACUUACCUCGAGUUGCUUGAAAAUAUCAGGGGAAAACAACAUUGGGCUUUAGGACCAUUGAAUCCGUUGAGAGUACCGGAGAAAGACAGUUCCGGUGACCGACACCACUGUCUGGAAUGGCUCGACAAACAGGCUAUAAACUCUGUUCUUUACGUGUCUUUCGGGACGACGACCAGCAUGGGAGAUGAACAAAUCCAAGAGCUGGCGAUCGGUUUGAGAAGAAGCAAUCAAACGUUCAUUUGGGUAUUGAGAGAUGCGGACAAAGGCGAUGUUUUCAAGGGAGAAGUUAGAAGCCCGGAGCUUCCAAACGGGUACGUUGAUUCAGUGAAAGAGAAAGGAUUGGUGGUUCGAGACUGGGCACCGCAGCUUGAGAUUUUAGCCCACCCUGCCGUAGGUGGUUUUGUGAGCCACUGUGGAUGGAAUUCAUGCAUGGAAAGCAUCACCAUGGGAGUACCCAUCGGAGCAUGGCCUAUGCACUCGGAUCAACCGAGAAACGCGGUUCUAAUUACAAAGCUGCUCAAAGUUGGUAUUACCGUUAAGGACUGGACACACCGGGAUGAGAUAGUCAUGGCGGCCGUAGUUGAAGACGCCGUGAGACGUUUGAUGUCUUCAAAGGAAGGAGAUGACGUAAGGAAGAGGGCGGCAGAAAUACGCGAUGGGGUGCGGCAGUCGGUGAGUGAAGGUGAAGUUUCCAAGGAGUGGGACUCCUUCAUUACUCAUAUUAUUAGGUAGGUUUAUCAUUAUUAUAACCAAUGACGAAAGUACUGCCGCCGAAUGAAUGUUUCCUUCGACCAUAUCAUGUUCUAUGAACAAAUUUUAUUUCCUGCAAAGUCUAUGAUAAUAUUGAAUGACGAUUUCA